CCAGGUGUAGGCCUAUCACACAAUGGGGCGGAGCUCCCCUAAAAGGUGUCAGAUUGGAAACAAAUCGACAAUGCCGCAACACGUCCUACAUGAAUAAUGAUAUUUUGAAAAAUGAAUUAAUAAAUCUUCAAAAUUGAGGAUGCACACCUUCGUGCCAUGCGCAAGACACAUACGAAAUCUGAGACAUGGCUGAUGUCAUCAAAAGCCUGAACCUCCUUGAGACUCUCAAAGAGUCUAUAGAGAACAACAAGUUGUCCGAUGUCAAGGAUGCAGUGGAAGAUCUCCUCAUCAGCAGGAUCAACCUGGCUGUGGUGGGGGACCGCGGAGAUGAAAAAGCUACCUUCAUAAACUGCCUCCUUGGCCUCGGUCCUGGGGACGAUGGAUCAGCUCCAUCUCCGUCUCCUGCUGCCCCGGAGGAAGUGGCGUGCUACCUGAACCCUAAACAUCCCGACUUCCGCUUGUGGGAUCUGCCACCGGUCCCAUCCACCUCUCCAUUCCAACCUGAGGGCUACAUGGAGAAAGUUAAGUUCCCUCGCUACAAUGCUGUCUUCGUUACAUUCACACAGACGCCUCAUCCCCACAGUGUGGAGGUGUUCCUGGAGGCCCGGUCGCUGCAGCAACAAACCGUCUACUUCAUUCUCUUCACUUCGGCAAAAGACACAGAAAAAAACCUGGAGGAAAAGAGGAAAGCAAGUCUGGUGGCGCUGACUUCACACGGUGUGAGUCUGCCUAAAGUCUACCUGGUGCGACCCUCCACGCUGGAGAAGUUGGACUUCCCCGGCCUGUUGGAAGAAAUGGCAAGGGACCUUCCAGAGAUCCGAGCCCACGCUCUUCUUCUGGCUCUCCCGACUCUAACGCCCACCCUGAUCACUCAAAAAAAGGAGUCGUUUAAGGCACUAGUAUGGGCAGCUGCCUCUCUAUCUGGCGGGGUUUCUGCUAUCCCUGUUCCCUUUGUGGCCUCGAUGGUGGACUCAAGCGUUGGAGUUCGGAUUCUAACAAAAGCACAAUCAUCUCUGUGCCUGGACAAUGAAUCCGUCGAGCGGUUGGCCCGGCAGCGGGGCGCGGAUCCCGCACGACUCAAAGAGCUGCGGACUUGCGUUCUGUCGGUAGAAGUCACUAAAGGUGAAGUGAAAAAGCGGCUGGCGGCUGCAGAAAAGGAAAUAGCCACGGUUUCGUCCAAGCUGGUGGAGAUGGCGAUGCCCAGACACGCCCGCUCUGUCAGCCGCUCCUUCGCCGCCAUGCUGCAGGCCUUAAAUGGCGCCAUCGACGAAAUGGCGGCUGAUGCUGAGAAGAUAAUGGCUGCCGCACUCGGGAAGGGGAAGUGAACUCUGU